AUGGAGACGAUAGACGUCCAGAAUCGGUCGUUUGUAGUCCGCUGGCUGAAGGUUUCAAAGGGCGACACGGUAACGUUUCAACUGAAGCCGUUGAAACGAUCAGUGGAAGCUGGCAUAUACAAACGGCAGACGACGAUCAACAAUGAGGCCUUCCAAAGAAAUGGUGGUAUUUCAAAACGGAGAGGCAGUUCGAACAAUGUGAAUGUCAAUGGCGAUAGCAUAGGAAGCGUCCAUAUUGCUCCAGAUACCAAAACCUUACUAGACUACGCUUUGAAUCGCAGCAAUUCUUCAUCGGAAGAGUUCGUGCAGCGCAACCGUUCAAAAUCAAUUUCUGCUGUCCAGCAAUCUACGCAAGACAUACCGCUCAACAAGAAGCUCGUCGCACAGGGCUUCACCCAAGUGCAGUGGUUGGGGACCAUCCCAGGGAAUAAAUAUGUCGAGGGUAGUGUACAAGCUGAUGAGGACGGGUAUUAUGCAUUUGUACUGGACAACACUUCCUCAAAGACUGCCAAGAAGAAAAUUUUACUUGGUGUGGAAAACAAGACAAAGGGGCCUGAGAACAUGCCCGUGCACAGAUCCCGUUCCCAGCUCCUACGUGUCAAACAGGGCCGCAUUCUUCAAGGAUAUAUGCUGAAGAAAAGGAGAAAGAAGCUUCAGGGCUUCACAAAGCGAUUUUUCAAGCUUGACCUUAAGUACAAGGCCUUCUCAUACUAUCUGAACGAGUAUAAUAAUGUUUGCCGGGGCGAGAUCCUGAUUCCACUGGCAACUGUGAGCGCCAAUAAGAUGACUAGACUCAUCAUAAUAGACUCUGGGAUGGAAAUCUGGGUUUUGAAAGCGAAGGACGAAGCAACGUGGAGUGAGUGGAUCCAAGCUCUACAGGACUGUUUCAAGAAAGAGGAAAAGAAACCUACCCGCAAUCAAAAUAGCAUGGUGGAUGAAGCUGCACCAUCUAGUCUUAUAUCCGGUCUUAAACUGAUCGAACAGAAAUUGGAGUUCUGUCGGAUCAAGUCGUUAAGCUACUCUCCACCCUCUCACGAGAUUACGGAUCUCAAAAUUAGUGGCCUUACGAGCUCCGUCUCCCCCACAAACUCUGCCCAAUCAGGAGCUCCGCCCCACAGUGGGAGUAAGAGUGUUUCAAGGGAAAGACUACCGGAGCUCCAAGAUUCUCCUGAUGCCCUAGGUAUUCUACCUUACGAACACAAACUUUACAAAAGUUUAGGAGAGGUUGAAGAUCUCGUACGUCAAUGGCUAGCCUACAGCACCAAUGCAAUUCAUAAAAAUGCACCCACGGAGAGCCUUUCAAUCUUUAGCGACGAAUUUUACGAUGCACAAGAUGAUAACCUGGAUAAUGAAAUAGACGAAUCGGAAGCAGGAGAAGGCGUCAUUAUGCUGAAUGAUGAAGAAGGUGUCAACGCCCUUCUCCUAUCCCAAAAAAAAAAUAUUGAAAAAACGGAAGACAAUGAUGAUGACAACUCCUCCAGGUAUGAUGCAAAGUUUGUCCAAAAAAGUGUCCCUGCUGCGCCUGGUGGGGACUUAUAUCCUCUUCCAAGUGAUAUUAAAGUUACGAGGCGAAAUGACAUUCCAGAAGCAGCUUCCACUCCACCAAGCUUACUUUCAUUUUUGCGUAAGAAUGUUGGAAAAGAUUUGACAUCGAUAUCUAUGCCAAUAACGUCUAAUGAGCCAAUAACGAUUCUACAAAUGCUCUCGGAGACCUUUGAAUAUUCCGAAUUGUUGACAAAAGCUGCUAAAACUGCCGACGAUGUUCAAAGAAUAGCUUUGGUUGCUGCGUUCGCAUGCUCCUAUCUUUCUAUGCACCGCAGUAAGACCAGGGCACUUCGCAAACCAUUUAAUCCGUUACUCGGCGAAACUUUCGAGCUCGUACGCGAAGACAAAGGCAUCCGGCUUGUUGCUGAGAAGGUGUCCCACAAGCCUCAAAUUUUCGCAUUUCAUGUCGACCAUGCAGAGUGGGACAUUUCGUACUCUGUCUCACCCGUCCAAAAGUUCUGGGGUAAAUCUAUUGAAUUUGUUAACGAAGGAGAGCUCAGGCUGACCAUCAAGUCAUCAGGAGAGCGCUAUGAAUGGUCACAACCUAUUACGAUUCUCAAAAACAUUUUUGCUGGCGAAAGGUAUGUAGAGCCGCAAAAUCAUAUGGAGGUUAUAUCCUCUCACAAUGUUAAGGCCCGUGUGGCUUUCAAAGCGGGAGGAAUGUUUAGUGGUCGUUCUGAGGAUUUAACAAUUGCCAUCCACCGCGGUUCCCAACACGUUGAAUCCUUGAAAGGUAACUGGACGAAGGAGAUCGUGAAUGCCAAAGAGGGCUCCACAAUUUGGGAAAUCGGGAGGCUGGUUCCUAACCACGAGAGAAAAUACGGCUUUACUCAAUUUGCAGCGAAUUUAAAUCAAAUAACUGACAUUGAGAAAGGUCAACUUCCUUCGACAGACUCUCGACUAAGGCCAGACUUACGGAUGUAUGAAGAAGGAAAAAUCAGCGAAGCAGAAAAACUCAAACUUGAGCUCGAGCAGCAGCAGCGUGUCAGACGUUCGGAAAAUAACGACGUCAGGCCUCAAUACUUCCAGCGGGUUUCCGACAACCACUGGGCAGUUAUUACGGGCCGUGAGGGCUACUGGGAGAGGAGAAGGCAUAAUGAUUGGAAAAACGUGGAUUCCUUAUGGUAA